CCUGUGUUCGUGGAUUAGUUAGGCUGCCGAGGGAGGGCUGGGACCCGGGGACCUUUAAAUUCCCUGGCCACCAGGCCGGCUCGAGCGCGCUUACCUGCCAGUGUGCGGCGAGUGCUCCCACCACACUACAGUGAGGUCAUUUGCUCUGGGCGGGAGAUGCUGCUGCUAGAUGGCAACCCGGAGGCGGAGGGUCUUAAGCAGCUGCUAGAGUCGGGGGCUUCCGUCAACGCACCCCCGGAUCCCUACGAGUAAUCGCCUGUCCACUUGGCCGCAGGUGGCGGGCUGGCUUACUUUCUUCUCUGGCAGCUGCAAUCAGGUGCUGACCUCAACCAACAGGAUGUUUGGGGAGAAGCACCUCUUCACAAGGCAGCAAAAGCCGGAAACCUGGAGUGUCUCAGUCUGCUUAUUGCCAGUGAUGCCCGAAUUGAUUUAUGUAAUAAGAAUGGGCAAACAGCAGAAGAUAUUGCUUGGUCAUGUGGAUUUCCAGAAUGUGCCAAGUUUCUUACAAUGAUUAAAUGUAUGCAGACAGUAAAAUCAAGUGAACAGUCCAAUAGAGACUACUGUGUUUCAGCACUCAAACAGAAGCGAUGUUUUGAAAGUGUAGAAAAUACAAAUGUGAAACGCAAGUGAGGGUAAGUAAAGUAUAGCUGCUUCUUUCCCCCUUAAGAAUGUCUCUUCUGGCAUAGAUUUAGUGUUUCAUUUAAAUACCAGCAUUUUUUUUUUUAACUCAGUGCCUAGGCACUCUCCCUGAGCUGCUUUUAUUUAAGGCUAGCACUCUGCCACUUGAGCCACACCACCACUUCCAGCAUUUUUUGUGUAUGUUACUAAGGAAUUGAACCCUGGGCUUCAUGCAUACUAGGCAAGCACUCUACCACUAAACCACAUUCCCAGCAAAUACCAGUACUCUUAUUUCUAGAAUUGUUGAUAUGUAUUUGGCAGUGCUGGUACUGGGGUAUACUUGAGACUUCACACUUGUUAGCCAAUUGCUCUACCAUU